AUUCGACAAUAGUGUAUUUGCAACAUCCUUGUGUAAUAUUAACUGCUUUAGAAGUUCUUGGUUACAAAGUCGUAGCAUCUUCAAGUACAAGUGUUAAACAAGAUUAUAAUGAGUACAUGUGGACUAUGAGAAAAGAUUUUUCUGAACCUGAACCUGAACCUGUUAUUAAGACAGUAAAAGACAACGAAGUUUAACAAUCCUCUUUAGCUCAACAAUGUCACAAUCAGUGAAUACAAGUGUCGGAAAAUUAGCCAAUGAAGUGAAUGAUGAUGAGAAUUACUAUUACGUUGGCGUAAAAGCCUCGCCGUUUGCGAAUGAUUGCGUUGUCUUCGGUUUAAAUUCGGAUGAAAUUUUGGCUCUUUCAAAGCGUUUUCCAAACUCUGGAUCAGAUGUGGUCAACGGCACUAUGAUCAAAGGACCACCUUUUUCCAUCAUUAACGCCCUGGCAGAAUUAGGAUAUCGAGUUAUCUGUAGCACAGGAGAAGCUGAAAUACUUUGGACACUGCAAAGGGAAUUAUAAAAUCAACAAUUAUUCUCAGGACUACGAUUUAUAAGAAAAAAAUACUACUUAUGUAUUUAAAGUAUAGUAUGCGUGCAUGUUUAAUAAUGUGCACGCCAAUUAAGAAACCAGUAUGAAUGAAGUAUUAUUUAAUUAUAUAAAAAGUUUGUAUACAAGGAACACACGUAGAUAUAAGAAGUGGUGUGUUCACUUUCGUUAUAAAAUUUUUAUCAAUAUUUUUUAACUUGCUUUAGGGAUGUAUAUUUUGUAUCGAACAUAUUUGUACCAAUAGAUUUUCACGAGGAAUUUUAGCAAGUUUCGUACAUUACAUUCGUAAAAGGCAUUUAAUAGGUUAAAACUACAAUCGUACAUCGUUUUAUACAUAAAUCUAUAUAUCAUUUUUGCAACUUCGAAUCGAAUUAAAGGCAAAAUGUCAUCAAUUUGUUUUAAUAUGAACUUACGAUAACAAUUGUGACACUAAUAAGACUGUACGAAAUCAAGUUUCCAAUUUCUAUACUUUGCCGAUUAGAUCAAUAUUUUUUUUGAACAAUUAUUUUAUUACUUACCAUAAAAAUUAAAUACAUUUAUGCAUAAAAUUGUGAGAAGUUGCAAAAAUGAUAACAAUACCAACGCUUAUCUUAUUCGUUAUUUUUAAUCCAUGCAGUAUCAAUAUUAAGUCAUUUCGUGCAAUAGAGGGACAAUUUUUCUAUUGUUUUUCUAUUUUAUAUUAUCUGCAAUAUAAUUUUUAAUAAAAUUGUAUUGUCAUAUUUUUGUGUAUAUUUAUAACGCUAUGAUACAAUACACGGAAUCAAAACUAGCGUUAAUAUUAUGUAAUGCUGUAAAAGAAUUUGCACUGUACUCAGUAUUUAUUGAAUUCAUUUAUGAAACGAUAAGGCAAUAUUUCUUAGCACAGCAUCAUGCUU